AUGGAAUGUGAAUAUUAUGACUCAUCUUUCACCGAUAAGGAGAAGCAGCAAUCAAAGGUGUUGAAAGUUUUUUGCAAGCUUAAUAAUAUAGUUUGCAAGUCGAAGCUCAAGUACUACAAGGAAGCUCGGGAUUGUUUGCACCAAGGCAAUAUAGGGAAUUUAGCAACCAUGAAGGCUAUGAUACCAAUCAAAAUUCCCAUUUUAGCAAAGGUUUUAAGGUUCGAGUUAAUGGGUUUUUGGAAGCGUCGUUUGAGGAAUAAGAGGAAAAGGAAAAGGAACUUUUGCUAUUUUAAGAGAAGGGGUAGGAGCAAAAUUGUGAUAUUUGAGAGUGGUGAAAUGGAAAGUGGAUAUGAGUUUAAGGAAGAAGGGGUUUUGAGGUGGAGAAAAGAUGUGGCUAAAGUAGAGUUCAUGAUUGGUGGAGAAAGAGGAUUUUGA